AUGACGCGUUAUUUGACUCCCUGGAGGGUCUCGCUGCUGUGUCUGGUCACUCUCUACACGGAUGGUGUUGUUCCCAACUCGUCUGCCAUCCACGUCCUUUCGUUCCUGACCGCGGGUCUAUUUCCGCUUGACCCUGCCGAUAAACAAUGGCAGGAGCACUACUUGCCGAGCAUUGCAGAGCUUGAGAAAUGUCUUACUGGUCAUGAGUCAUCUGUUCCUGGGCGCUCGCUUUGGGAUCUGUUCCUGAAGAACCUGUGGGCUCUCGACUCAAUGGAUGCGCUGGAGACAUUCUUCAGCGAUGUGCUUCCGUCUCUGUUGGCCAAAUCGCGCGAUGAACAAAUCCAAGACAAAGAUAAUGGGCUCGCCCCGGAACCCGAAGACCGCAUGCGCUUAUCGAGGAGUUCGCCGCUGGGCGCGUUCGUACGCAGAUCAUACCUUGAGUACACGCGGUUGCAGUUUCAUGAUUCUGUGAAGCUCUGGACUGGAUUUGUCAAGUACCGUCUUCCAACAUACAGUUAUUGGUCACGGAGGCACCGUGGGGCUGAGGGGAAACUUGUUGAUGCCAAUCUUCGUGCCUUGGGACUGGAUUCCUCGAGCCACUUGUCACAGGUUGUAUAUGGCAAUAUCGAAGAUGACGAGGACGGUGAGGGCAUUGUCAGCAUCAAGGAUGCAGAGAGGCUGGUCGAGUUUCAAGUUGGUGAAUUGCAGAGGAUUGGAGGCAGAGUUCCAGACGAAAUGAGAGCUCAAUUGAAACACAUCAUAACCUCGGAGUCUACAACGCCACAGUUGAUGUACUACCUAGAAUAUCUUGAUGCAUGGAGAGCCGGGGACUACACAUCCGCAUUUGAUAACCUGCACCGGUACUUUGACUACACUAUGCACACGAAUGUUGACCGAAGUGCGUACCAAUUCGCCCUUCUGAACCUAGCAAUCAUCCAAGCGGACUUCGAGUGCUUCAAUGAAGCAAUUUCAGCCGUGCAAGAGGCGGUCGCAAUUGCUCGCGAGUCGCACGAUAUGAACUGUCUGAACUUCUGUAUGAGCUGGUUGUAUCACUUUGGCAAGGCGUUCCCAGAGCAGAUGCGAGAAGUUCAAAACAGCGGGAUGCUGGGUAACGAGAAAGAGGGCCUUGCUUUCCUCAAAGCCAAGUCCAAGGAGACCGACAUGUGGUCUCUGUUGAGUACUACAUUGCUGAGUGAGGCUAAAUUGGAGAUGCAGCAGGGAGAGAGUCUUGCGUCGAUCGUGGAAUGCUUUGUGCGAGCAUCUCAUGUCAACGUGACAAAAGGCCUUACAACACCCACGGGUGCAUACAUGCUCCUUCAAGGCUCCAUGUACGCUCGAAUAGGAGCUACCCACCUCUCUUGGUUGAAUACUGAGGUAUUCCGCGAGUGCUACUUGGAGGGCCAACCCCAUGAUGACUUUGUCAAGAUCACAUUCCGAAACUGCCAAAUAUUAGCACAAAAGGGCAACUACAAGGAAGCUUUUGCACGAAUGAACAAAAUCGAGCCAGAAAAGCUACGAGCCUUCAAAUACAACAACGCCUGGACGUACUACUCCGGACUCCUACAACUACAACGACAAAUCUGCCGCGAUGACAGAGUAGCGGUGGAACACAUCCUCUCCCAACUCCAAGCAGUCCAACUCCUAGACUUCGACAUGCGCCUCCUCCUAGCACUCCACUCAAUCGAAUUCACAAUCCGCCAAGGCGACUACGGCCGCGCUCUAAGAAUGGUCGAACAAGCCGCCCACGCCAUGCAACCCGAAAACUUCGACGUCCACUCUCAGAUCAAGCUCCUUUGCUUAAAGGCGCAGAUCCUUGGGAAAUCCGGACAGCCGCAACGCGGUUUCUCACUAGCAAUGCGCGCAGCAAACAUCGCGCAUCGCUCCAAGGUCCUAGCUGACCUCUGGGUGGCCAUCUGCACACUGGCCACAGUCCUAUUAAGUCUUCACGAAUUCGAAGCUACAGGCGAGCUGGUUGAGAGCAUUAUGCCCCAAAUCUUGGAGUCAGAUGAUUACGCCCUCAUUGCGCAGGCGUAUUCGCUCCUCGUGGAUGCGAAUAUGGGCAUGGCCGGUGAGUUGUGGAGGCUUCAGGGCCGGGACUCGCUGUCGACAAGGAAGGAAUAUGUGAACCGGGCUCUUGGGUAUAUCGAUUCGGCGUAUGACCACUACGAGGAGAUUGAAGAUAUCAAGGGCCAGACGGAAAUGAUGGCUAAGAAGGCUACUGUUAUGCAUCUUACGGGUGACCCUGUCUUGGCUAAUGAUUAUGCGGCGAAAUAUCUGGAUUUGCGAAGGCGACGGGGUACUGAGGCGUGA